CCAAUCGUCGGGAGAUGCCCCAAGUGCAAACAGGCGCGAGUGGUUCAAAUCCCGCCAGCAAAGUACUCUUAUCAGUUGAGUUCUGACGAUGCCACUGAGCAGACUCCCUCAGUUAUCUCGUUAGUGGUGCCACGAAUCUCAGUCUGAUCUGUCUGAUCUUGUGAAAAAGUGCGACUUUUGUUUUAUGAUCGCGAUCGCGUAAAAUGCUUUUUUUAUAACUUGACGUACAAGAUAAGGAUUUAUCAGUGCAUCCUCUGAAGGAUUUAUCAGUGUAAAAAUGUGAAAGAACAAAGAUUUCAUUUAGGAAUCCUUUUGUGGAGCGAGGAUUUAGUGUUUAAGGACAAGAGAGAGCUUUAAUGCAAAAUUUAACGAUGAAUUUGAAAGCUCUAAUGAAUGGAAAUAUUUUUGGGAAUUUAACAGAUGAAUAUUUAGGCCUCAUAAAUGCAUCGCUUGAGCUCAAGUGCCUCCAUCAAGCUGCUAUUGAGACAUCUUCUGAGGAGGAAGACAGUGGAUGUCCCAUAUUUUUCGAUUCUGUCCUUUGCUGGCCACGAACACCCCCAGCAACGUGGGCAGUUCAGCCUUGUUUCGCCGAAUUUAAAGGCGUUAAAUACGACACAACGCAAAAUGCAACGAGAUAUUGCCAUUUAAAUGGCGUUUGGGACAACUACACAAACUACGAAGAAUGUGCUCAUCAUGAUUUCCCGUCUGUGUCGGAAUUUGAGCCACAUGUGGAUCUACCAACCUACAUCUACUGCAUCGGCUACAUUCUCAGCUUAACCACCCUCCUUCUGGCCACUGUCAUCUUCUUCCACUUCAAGGAACUCCGGUGCCUUCGCAACACCAUCCAUGGGAAUCUCUUUGUCACCUACAUCCUCUCCGUGAUGGUUUGGCUCACCGCCCUAUCGCUUCAGCUAACACACACCUCAACGAAUGCAGCGUGUACACUCAUUGUGAUCCUCCUCAACUACUUCACGCUCACCAAUUUUUUUUGGAUGAUGGUUGAGGGACUGUAUCUGUACACCCUCGUUGUGAAGACUUUUUCCCGCACAAAGCCCCACGUGGGGCUGUACAUGGCCAUCGGAUGGGGUGUACCGUUUAUCUUUGUCACCCUGUGGGCUAUCAUCAAAGCCGCCUCGACACCCCUCAAGCCGCACAAAAUGACCGGGUUGGAUAUUGAAUGCUCAUGGAUGCGCGAGUCACUCGUGGACUGGAUUUGCAAAUUACCCGCAUGUGCCGCCCUGCUGGCCAACUUAAUCUUCCUCGUACGCGUAAUGUGGGUGCUUAUCACAAAGCUGAGGUCAGCUGAGAAUAGCGAGACAAAGCAGUAUCGUAAAGCCUCAAAAGCUCUCCUCGUUCUCAUGCCACUCCUCGGCAUAACGUACCUCAUUGUACUUUCGGGACCAUCUGAGGGUGUUGGCAGCUACAUUUUUGCCGUUGUCAGGGCUAUCCUGCUCAGUAGUCAGGGCUUUUCUGUGUCCCUCUUCUACUGCUUCCUCAAUUCCGAAGUACAAAAUGCCAUGCGUCACAGAUUCAACAAAUGGCGGGACAAGAGAAAUAUUCGCGGGAACAUUGCCCAUCGAUUCCAAAGCGUUGAUGGUCAACUUCCAGAAAAAAAUCGAGGAAAAACUCCUUCACAGUGCUCAACUGUGCUGAGUUCCAUCACAUCUUGACAAUAUUUCCGCAGAGAAAAUUCACAGAAAUAAACAAGAAAAGAUAAAUAAAAAAGAUGAAUUUAUUGUUA